CAUAUAAAGUUAUUAAUGCAAUUACUGGAUCUUCGUGUUACUGGUGUUAACUACAGAUUUUUCUACAAUUACAACUCGAAGAAAAUGGAUUAUCGUCAAAAGAAGGUUAUACCUUCUCAACAAAAUACAAAGAAUGAUGAUGAAGAUGACGAAGAUUUGGAAGCUUUACGACUUGCAGCUCUUCAGUCAUUAAGAACAAAAGAUACUGUACAUAAUAAAAAACAACCCCCACCACAGAAAACUAUAUCAGAUGUAAUACAAACAUCUCACUCGUCAUACAAAGGCCCACGACCUUUGAGAAGAGGAUAUUUUCAUAACCGAAUGCAGCAGCACCAGAAUGGCAAUUUAUAUUAUCAAAGUCCACGUAAUCCAAAUUUGAUAGCAAUAGUUCCUGUAGAUGAAUGCCAUGUGCUGCAACAAACUGAGUUAGCUUGUUCGGUAGAAAAGACUGCUCCAAGUAUUGAAUCUUAUUCUACAGAAGUAUCAAAAUUUCAUCGCUUCAAAGAUAAUGGAUGUGGUUCAGAUGAAGAUGAUAAACAACAGAAAAAUGUAAUUUCAAACCCAGAAACUAUUGAGAAAGAUAGCAUAGAUGAUAAAACAUCUACAGUAGUUAAAAAUCAGACUGAAACUACAGAAAACUCGAAAAAAACUGAAGAAGAUCAAGAGGGAGUUAAUGAUGAUGAUGAUGAUAUCAUUAUAAUGGCUGAUCUUGAAGAGGAAGAUAGCUUAGAACGCUUAAUGGAUGAAAUGGAAAGAGAAAUGAAUGUUGAUAAGCCGUCCGAAAGGAAAGAAAAGAAAGGUAGCAGAAAAGAAAGCAAAGAAUCAAUAAAGAAAGAUGAGGUAAGCAGGAAUAUAAAUCAAAAAAGCAGAACAGAAGAUAGUAAUAUUCGAAAAGAGAGUUAUAGUCCAGCCCCAGCAACAAUUAUCUUAAAAAAUGAAAGACGGUCUAUAUCUCCACAUAUGGUCAAUCGAAUUUCACAGAAACGUAGAUCAUUAUCACCAAGGUCACGAUCAAGAAAGAAAUCACCUAGGAGAUCUCCUAGACGAUCACCUAUUAGACAGUCCAAAAAAUCUCAACGAGAAAUAACAAGGUAUAGAUCACCUAGAAAGUCUCCUGUCCGUUACUCUCCGCGAUCACGAUCACCUAAGCUUUCGUCACGGUCAAGAUCACCUCGAUUAUCACCACGUAGAUCUCCAAAUAAGUCUCCAAUAAGAAGAUCACCUAUUAAGAGAUUGUCUCCAAGAGGAAGAUCUCCAAAACUUUCGCCGCAUUCCAGAUCUCCAAGACCACUACGAUCACCUAAAACAUCCAUAACUAAAUCUCCAAGAUUGGCACGAUCACGUUCUCCAAAAUUUUCACCGCUUAGAUUAUCUCCUCAGUCUAGAUCACCUUUAAGAUUAAGAUCACCUAAGUUAUCUCCAAGACGAAUGUCACCUUCGCGUAGGUUAUCGCCUAAAUCAAAAUCUCCUGGAUUGUCUCCUCGGAGAGGAUCACGUUUAUUAUCACCAAAACUAUCACCACGAAGAAUGUCACCACGAUCAAGAUCACCAAGAUUAUCACCACGUCGAUCGCCAUGGUCGUCACCAAGAAAUUCACCUCGUUUAUCUCCUAGGCGAAAAAGAUCUCCGAGAUGGUCACCUAAAGAAUUAUCUCGAAAACAUGGACCACGAUCUAUCAGUCCAGAUGGAACAGGAAGUCCAUCAUAUACAAAAGAAUCAUCACCAAUAAUUAAAAGUAGAAUAUCUCCAGAAAUAAAUCGUGUGAAAACGAAACAGAAGGAAGAAAAUUUGGAAGAAGCUACUACAGUAGAAAAAGAAACUGUUGAUGUAAUUAAUGAUCCUGUAUUAGAAGCCAGGCGAAGAAAAUUUGAAUCUACAAGGCCUAUAGAUCCAAUAAAUGCAAACAAAAAGAUUAAGCUAAAUAAAAAGGAAAAUACAAAUAAAAAGGUAGAGUCACUGGAAGGAGGAGAUAUACAAUCGGGAAAUGUAAGAAAAGUUAAUAAAAUUACAGAAGAUUAUGAUAUUCAAGAAACAGACUUGUGUUUAGAUACUCAUUACGAAUUUGAAGACUUUGAACAGAGUAUGGAAAAUACUUCUCCUACUGCUAUUACGAGUUCUGUUAAUUCAUGUAUGGACUUAGAAACGCAAAACCCUGAAAAAGAAAGGUCAUCAAAGAAAAAGAAAAAACGUGAUAAAGAAUUGUAUCAAGUGGGAAAAUUAAAAAAUGAACUUCCCCUUUCUGAACGCAUUGGAAAAGAUAAAAAGUGUAAAAAACGCAAGGAUGUUAUUUCAGAUGGAUCAAGUGAGGAUAUGGACGCCAUUUUUGAAGAUUUAGUAGUUGAUAAGGAAAGUGAUUUACGAACUGAAUUAAGUAGAAGACGAGCAGAAAGAUUAAAUAGGACAGUGCCAAUUCAAUCUGCAAGAUUAGUGCAGUCUGCUUUUAAGGGAGUUGUUAAUGAAGUUGUCAAGAGUAAUGCGAAAGUAAAUCAAAGACAUUUGAUAAAGGUGGAUGAAAAAACUAAUCAAAAAGAAGUUAGACGAGUUACCGUUCUUCACAGGGCAAUAUCCGACAUACACGAUUCUGAAGAUGAAAGUGCUCUCGAUUCAAAGGUGCCUGUGCGUUUUAGACUAGGUCUUAAUAAACAAGUGCAAGAUACCAGGGAGUCAAAAGUUUCACGAAAGGCAUCUAAAAGACAGGGUCGCAAGGAAUAGAAUAUACGUGUGUUCUCCCGAUUGCAUAUUUAUAUGAAGAGUGCAUAGCUGUUCAUCUUACCUCC